CACCCCACCUCUACAAAGCAGCUAGCCCUUGUUGGCGUGUUAAUGCCCAGCCUCACCUGAAAGCAGCCUGGUCCAGCGUUGAGGAGAAGCUAGAAAGCGCAGCAGAGACAGGCGGGCCAACUCGGCCCUCCCUUUACCGAACAGGAUUUUAACGAGACAUUUUGUAGCAUUUCAGAAGAAUCCUCACCUUCUCGCCCUGCGCUGGCCCGCCUGCAAGAAUGGAAGAGACCAGGACGGCGCUGGGCCAACCCCUUCCUGGGAGCGAAGAGCUUCCCUUGAUCUUGACGCCUUCGGCUGAAGCACAGAUGGUGCAGUCGCUGGGCUUUGCGAUCUACCGAGCGCUGGACUGGGGUCUGGACGAAAAUGAGGAGCGGGAGCUCAGCCCCGAACUGGAGCGCCUCAUUGACUUGAUGGCCAACAGCGACUCGGAGGACAGUGGCUGCGGCACCGCCGAUGAAGGCUACGGCGGGCAAGAGGAGGAGGAGGAGGCAGCGGCGGCGGAGGGGACGGUGCGGGCCGUGCGCACCUUCAGCCAGACCAUGCGGCUGUGCGCCAUGCGCCUCACUCAGCCCCAGGAAGCGGACGCCCAUUACCAGGCGGUCUGCAGGGCGCUCUUCCUGGAGACGGUGGAGCUGAAGGCAUUCCUGGCCAAGAUCCGGGACACGAAAGAGAUGCUGAAAAAGCUGAAGGAUGAAGAUGAAGAGCUGAAGGACCGAUCGGCGGCAGAUCUGGAUAACCUGAGGAACACGGACUGGGCUCGGCUCUGGGUCCAGUUGAUGCGGGACCUCCGGAAUGGCGUGAAGCUCAAAAAGGUGCAGGAGAAGCAGUUCAACCCCUUGCCCACCGAGUACCAGCUGACGCCGUUUGAGAUGCUGAUGCAGGACAUCCGGGCGCGCAAUUACAAGCUCCGGAAGGUCAUGGUGGAUGGUGACAUUCCUCCCAGGGUGAAGAAGGAUGCCCAUGAACUCAUCCUUGACUUCAUCAGAUCAAGGCCGCCCUUGAGACAGGCUUCAGAGCGGAGGCUGCGGCCUAUGCCUCAGAAGCAGAGGACGCUCCACGAGAAGAUUUUGGAGGAGAUCAAGCAGGAGCGGAAACUUCGGCCCGUCGAGAUGCGGUACCAGAAUCAGAAAGGGUUUGGUUCCGUCCCGUGCCUGGUGAAGGCCUGCUCCGGUGACGCCAAGUCCACCUCCUGCAUCAACCUCUCGGUCCCGGAAUCGGGCGUUCCCCCACAACGCCAGAGGCCUCGGGUCCUGCUGAAGGCUCCCACGCUGGCCGAGAUGGAGGAAAUGCUCACCUCCGAAGAGGAAGACUCCCCCAGCUCGGAGCCUCUGCAGGAACCGGCUCCGCUGGGCCCUCUGAAACGUGACCGCUCCUUCUCGGAGCAAGACCUGGCCCAGUUUCAGGAUGAAAGUGACCGUGGCGGACCGCCAGACCCGGAGCACUCGGGACCCAGCGGGUCUGAGCCGAGACCCCGCUCAGGUACCACGACCCCUGCAUGGACCAGCAUGGAAAGCCCGGGUUCAGUUCCGGCGAGCUACCACCAAAGCCCUUAUGGUGCCAGUCCUUUCUCCCCGAAACAGGGCUUCCUCACUUCCGUGGAUGAGAAGUUGGAAGCCAGCUCGGGUCCCGCUCCUCCAGAUGCCAAUUUGAAACACUUAUGGCUGCAAGAGUUCAGCCACCCCGUCGAAAGCCUGGCACUCACUGUAGAGGAAAUGAUCAACGUGCGCCGGGUGCUGGUGAAAGCAGAGAUGGAAAAAUUCUUGCACAGCAAAGAGCUUUACAGCAGCCUGAAGAAGGGGAAGAUCUGUUGCUGCUGCAAAACCAAGUUUGCUCUCUUUUCCUGGCCUCCUGCUUGCCUUUUCUGCAAAAGAUCUGUCUGUAGCUCCUGCAGCUUGAAGAUCAAGAUGCCUUCAAAAAAGCUCGCCCACAUCCCUGUUUACGCCCUGGGCUUUGAGACCCUGCCAGGCUCGUUGGGAGCCAAAGCACCCACGUUCCGGAGACGGGAAGCUUUCCACUCCCUGCAGGGCACCCACUGGCGCAGCGUGGAGGAGGACUUCCCCUACAUCUACGCCCACGGCUCGGUGCUCAAGGACGUUUGCAGCGACUGUUCCGGGUUCGUCACGGACGUGGUCAGCUCCAGCCGCAAGAGCAUGGACAUCCUGAACACAACGCCCUGCCGGAGGAGUCGCAAGACCCAGUCGCUCUACAUCCCCUCCAGCUAGACAGGACACGGCAGCCUCCAUCCUUCUCCCCCCACACACACACACACACGCCUGCCCGCCCGUCCUGCACCAAGUCCACAGCGGCCGAUCUCUGUCUUCUCCGCUCCAGGCAAGGGGCGGGUUGCCGACUCUCUCUCUCGAUUUCUGGCCAAGAGUGAAUCGUCUGACGGUUUGCGUGGACUUCCUGGGGGGGAAGAGAAGAGGGUCACCCAUCGGCUUUCUUGCUUAACUUGCAUCAGCUCCAACAUUGAGCCUCCGUGGCCCCUGCCUCCCACAAACGCACCCCCCCCGGCUGUGUGUGUACAUAUAUACAUACCUAUAGAGACUCUAUAUUUAUAUCUGUGGAUCAGCUGCUUGAAGCUGAUGGGCUAAGUUUGGGAACAGAACGGUAGCUGCUGCCAGAUGAGGACUCCAAGAGAGGGACCCUGUGCACCCCCCACACACACACACAC